UGAUUUUAAAGUAAGGAUCAAGAGUUUCACUUAAAAAAGCAACACCAGUUUCUGUAUUUACUUAGGUAAUCCUAAGUUAUUUGGAGAUCAUUUACCUUUUUAUAUGACCAACCUCACAUACAUUUACCCUAGCAUGAUCAGUAUCCAUCUUUUUUGUUGUUGCAGACUUUCAAAAUAUAUAACAGAGAAAACACCUGAUGAAAUGCCAGAUAUACCUAAUAUGGAGGAGAAUAUCAGACCAACAAAGAUAGCAGACAUGUUUAAUCAAGUUUACCAGAAUGUAUGGCCCAGAGCCUAUGAAAUAGCAAACGAGAAACUAAAUGAUGAAAAACUGUCCUGUGUUUAUUUGCUUACAAUAUUUAAGGAUUGUUGGGAGUUCUGCUGUGCUUUAUCUAGGCACCAGUUACACAUUUUAGAGAUGACUUAUCUAGUACCUUAUGGUCCUAACAUGAGUGUGGAGUCAACGUUCAACAUUCCUCAACUGUCAGUUAAAAACUUAAAGGUAGUAAAAGAAACAAGAAAACAUAUAGCUAAACAGACAAUAGCAAAUUUAUAUGGUUUAUUUAUGUCCCCAGAAUCAGGAACAGGAACCAAGGACAUACCCUCAGAGCUGGAACCCUAUGUAAGGUCCUGUUUGGAGGUCUGUUGGUAUAGUGCCAUCCAGGAUCCACCAUUAGGCUUUGUAUUUGAUACUGGUGUUAGUUGGGAGCUAGAUACAAACUGUUUUGAAAUGUUUACAAAAACUGGUAUCUAUGUUGACUUUAUUGUAUGGCCUGCUAUGCUUCUUCACAACCAUGGAGUUGUCUUACAGAAAGGUGUAGUCCAGGCUUUAGAUGAAAAGAGUCAUAGACCUCAACAAUAAUAUUUUCUGUUUUCAUUUAUAUAAACUUUAUAUGUUAAUAUUGCAGGUAUCAUUUUUUCGUUAUUGUUAUAUAAAUGUAACUUUAAUAAAAUAUACACAGUUAAUCAAAUUGUGAUUUAAACUUA